AUGACUUCCUGGCAGCCAGCAAGGACGGUCGCACAAUGCACAGAUAUUUUAACUGCGUCUGGUAUGCCGUUCGAACUAGACCGGGUGGCCGUUGAAGGACGUAUGCUGCCUGUUUUCAAAUAUAUGGAAUCUAAUCUGCGUGAUUUUUUCCUGAAGAGAGUACAGAACUUCGCCAGCCGAGAGUAUGUCAUCUUCGAGAGCGAGCGGUACACCUAUGCAGAUACACGUGAUCUUGCCUUCGAUAUCGCCAACACGUUGUGGUUGACGUAUGGGAUCCGCAAAGGCGAUCGAGUCGCAAUCUGCAUGCGCAACCUUCCCGAAUCUGUGUUCGCGUUCUGGGCCUGCGCUAUCCUAGGAGCGGUCCCGACCUACCUCAACGCCUGGCAAACCCCUAAGUCCCUCGCACACUCUCUCCGCUUGACGAAUCCGAAACUUCUCCUCAUCGACCACGAACGAUUGACUGUCCUGUCCCACGUCCUCCCCGAUAUAUCUGCCAGCAUCAUCGUAGCACGAGUUACAGAUCAAGCUCUUCUGGAAAAUUCGUCUGCUGUGCUCUGGCAGGCAGUAUUCACUGGCGCGCGCGCGAACAAAGCGUUCUGGACCAAGGAGCCCCCGUGCGGGCCGGAAGACGAUGCGUCCAUCAUGUUCACCUCAGGCUCGACGGCAUUGCCAAGGGCCGUGCUCAAUUCGCAACGGGCGUUCAUCAGCAACACCUAUACGGGGAUAUACCUCGCGCUUCUGUACGCUCUCCGACGCGGCGAGGAGUUACCUGUAGCACCCAGCUCUCCUCCACCAGCACGCGGCUUCCUAGUCACCGCGCCGUUGUUUCAUGUGCAGGGGCUUACGACGAAUGUGAUGGUCAACAUGUUUCGGGGAAAUAAGCUGGUUUUGAUGCGCAAGUGGGAUGUGGCAGAAGCUGGGCGUCUCUGCACCCAAGAAAACAUCACAGAGACAGCCGGAGCGCCUGUCAUGCUCGUCGACAUGAUCCGUGCUCUGGGCGGCAAAGUAGCACUCGAGUCUGCGACGUCCGGAGCGGCGCCGAUGCUUCCUAGCAUGUUCGCAGAUUUCGCAAAAGCUUUUCCGGGAGCUGUGCUGAUUCAUGCGUAUGGGUUGACGGAGACAUCUGCACUCGUGACAGCCGUGGUCGGAAAUGAUUGUAUUGUGAGGCCGGGCACAUGUGGGCUCCCGUCCCCUAUCACAGAGAUCAAAAUUGUCGAUCCAAACACAAAUCAAGCCCUCCCUGCAAGUCAGGUGGGCGAGAUAUGGGUACGCGGUGUGAGUGUAAUGAAUUGCUAUGUCGGUGAUCACGAGGCGACGGCGAAGGCCAUCACGCCUGACAGGUGGUUCCGCACCGGCGAUCUCGGCAUGCUCGACGAAGAGGGAUUCCUGUAUAUCAAAGAUAGACCUGAAAGCUCUCUUUCAUAUCUGCGUCUAUGUGGGGACAUCGUUAUCGAAGGUGGGGAGAAUAUCCACUCGACACUCAUCGAAGACGCACUCUACAGCACCGACACGCGUGUCCGAGAAGCGGCAGCCGUUGCCGUCCCAGAUCAACGCCUCGGCGAACUGCCUGCGGCCGUCGUGUCCAUGUCCGCCUCGCAGGACGACGUGAGGCAGCUGAGCGAGCAAGAUGUGAUCGAACGCGUGCGCUCUAAGCUUCCAGCAUAUGCGGUACCGGUGAUGGUGCUCGUGCAGAGUCAGGCACUGGCGCGAAAUGCGGCAGGCAAGAUAGACAAACAGGCUAUUCGGGUGCAGACGAGGACAGAAUGGGAGAGGCGAGGGAGUCGGAUAGCGAGAGGGAAAUUGUGA